AUGGCACAAACCUCGGGCUUAGGAGAAAUCAUUCUUAAGGAAGUUAAUGCAAUAAUCACUCAAUUCGGUAAUGUUCUUGAACCAAUCUCCAAACCUAGGGAAGAUGAAAAGGACCCUAGCAAUUCAGAAGAGAGUACCCCUAGUGAGGAGGUAGUGAAAAAUAUAUCUAGAGUGCCUUUCCCUCAAGCUCUCAAGUCUACCUCAAAAUCUGUCGGCCAACAUAUUGAAAUCCUAGAGCAUCUAAAACAAAUAAAAAUCAAUCUACCUCUCCUACAUAUGAUCUCCCAAGUUCACACAUAUGCUAAAGUCCUAAAAGACUUGUGCACUGUGAAGAGGAAACAACAUUUUAAGAAAACUAUUUUCUUGACUGAACAUGUGAGUGUUGUAAUUGAGCAAAAGAUCCCACCAAAGUAUAAGGACCCUGGUUGUCCUAAUGUCUCUUGCAUCAUCAAGAACCAUGAGAUUUCACAAGUCCUUCUUGAUCAAGGGGCUAGUGUCAACAUCAUACUCUAUGAUAUUCACUUGUCAUUAGGGCUAGGAGAGAUGAAAUCUACAUCGAUUAACUCCAAAAUUCUCAUAAUUCUUGGUAGACAUUUUCUUACCACGGCUAAUGCUCUUAUUAAUUGCAAGAAUUGUCUAAUGAAACUAUCAUUUGGGAACAUGACCCUGAAUGUCAACAUCUUUCACAUUAUGAAGCAAUCUGAGGAGGAUGACAAUUGUCAUCAAACAUUCAUGAUUGAUGCACUCGAUUAUAGAGCAUCACCGGUGCUUAUCUCCAAUGAACUCAGUGCAAUGCAAGGAAGAUUGACAAUGCCCUGGUUGGAUGCGGGUGAAAGAAGCAAACAUUGGGGCAAGCCAACGAUAAUAAACAAGGCACUGCUUGGGAGGUGA